AUGGUCGUCAUAAUCGUCGUGCCAGUGGAAAAAUUUGAAUCCACAGGUAAAGUGCAAAAUGUUCCCGUGCCAGUGAGACAAAGAAGUGCCCGUAGUGUCGAGAAUAUUGCUGCCGCUAGCGCAUCAAUUGAGGAAGACCCAAAUCAGUCUCUCACAUGUCGUUCUCAAGCGUUAAGCUCAUCUGUGACCUCGUUGUGGCGUAUUAUGCGAAAAGAUCUUGGCCCACAUCCUUACAAGAUCAAACUGACGCAAGAACUGAAGCCGCUUGACCACCAGAAGCGACGUAUUUUCGUGAAUUGGGCUGAGCAACAACUUGAAAAUGAUCCGGAUUUUCAUCGAAAAAUCAUCUUCAGCGAUGAGGCUCAUUUCUGGCUGCAUGGCUUCGUCAAUAAGCAAAAUAUGCGUUAUUGGUCUGGUAGCAAUCCACACGAUCUGCAUUAG